ACCAGCCUUGUGAUGUUUCCUGAGUCUGACGCUGAGUGGGAGGGAUGGAGCAGGAGCCAGACCCAGGGAAGGCCGAUAUCCCUCCUAAGCCUGGCUGGAGUUGAGACCUGUCCCCAUGCAAGAACCAGCCAGACCCCGAAUCACUGCUGCUGCCUGCUGCUCGGCUCCUGGCAGGUACCCAGCAUGGGCUCACAGGCCCCAGCUCCAGGACCCGUGCAGACCCUCAUUUUCUUGGACCUGGAGGCCACUGGCCUGCCUUCCUCCCAGCCCAAGGUCACGGAGCUGUGCCUGCUGGCUGUCCACAGAUGUGCCCUGGAGAGCUCACCCCCUACUCAGGGGCCUCCCACAGUGCCCCCACCACCCCGGGUGCUGGACAAGCUCUCUCUGUGCGUGGCUCCAGGGAAGGCUUGCAGCCCAGAAGCUAGCAAGAUCACAGGCCUAAGCACAGCCAUACUGGCAGCACAUGGACGACUAUGCUUUGACGCCGACCUGGCCGGCCUGCUCCGAGCCUUCCUGAAGCGCCAGCCACAGCCCUGGUGCCUCGUGGCACACAACGGCGACCGCUAUGACUUCCCCUUGCUCCAGGCGGAGCUGGCUGUACUAGGCCUUGCCAGUGUUCUGGAUGGUGCCCUCUGUGUGGAUAGCAUUGCUGCCCUGAAGGCCCUGGAGCGUGCUGCCAGCCCCUCAGAGCAUGGUCCACGGAAGAGCUACAGUCUGGGCAGUGUCUACACACGCCUGUACGGCCAGGCCCCCCCGGACUCCCACAUGGCCGAGAGUGACGUCCUCACCCUGCUCAGCAUUUGUCAGUGGAGGCCGCAGGCCCUGCUCCAGUGGGUGGAUGCACACGCCAGGCCGUUCAGCACCGUCAAGCCCAUGUACGUGGUCACAGCCUCUGCUAGAACCAACCCAAGGCCAUCUGCUUCCACGGCCACUAAAGCCCUAGCAAGAGCCACGGACACUGGUGCCAACCUGGGCAAGGGCAGGAAGCCCAAGGCCGUUCCUCCAGUGGAGGGCCCUGGAGCCUCACCCAAGGAGGGACUGCUGGCCCCACUGGGCCUGCUGACCUUCCUCACCUUGGCACUAGCCAUGCUGUAUGGGCUCUCCUUGGCCACACCUGGGCAGUAGGCCAAGAGGAAAGUCUGACCAAUAAAGACCCCCUCCUCUCCAGCA